AGAGGCCGCUACACGGAUAUUUGUUGUCUCAGUCUUACAAGUGCAUAACAUAGCAAAUGUACGCUCAGCAGAUCACGUUUAACUCAUUAAGUUUAAAAAUUAGAGUGAAUCCUGUAUGGAACUUGAUGGUAAGAACAUUAUUUGUGUUCAUUUGUUGAUUUUUUACGAUUAUUCGGUUUUCAAGCGAGUUAUGAGUGUUUUUAAUUUACGCUAUACUCAUUACUCGCUAAAAAAUUUAACUAUCCUAAAAAAACCCACAUACAAACAGAUAAUGUACUUACCAUCAAGUUUCAUGUUAGGUUGAUUCACCCUGAUUUUUAAACCAACGAAGCAAAGUGCGUUUUCCUGAGGGUAAAUUUGCUAUGUUAUGCACUUGUAAGACGAAGACAACAAAUGGCCGUGUAGCGUCCACUUAAAUAAUAUUAAUUUGAUUAUUACCACCAAUCAAGAUGGGUGAACGUAAAGGACAAAAUAAAUACUACCCGCCAGAUUAUAAUCCUGCAGUAGGGGGAUUGAAUAAAUUUAAAGGAACUCAUGCCUUAAGAGAACGGGCCAAAAAACUUCAUUUGGGCAUCUUAAUAAUACGUUUUGAAAUGCCAUACAACAUAUGGUGUGAUGGAUGCAAUAAUCACAUUGGAAUGGGUGUUCGGUAUAAUGCCGAAAAAAAGAAAAUUGGGAUGUACUAUUCAACGCCAGUUUAUCAAUUCCGAAUGAAAUGUCAUCUUUGUAAUAACCAUUUUGAAAUUAAAACCGAUCCUGGGAAUUUAGAUUAUGUAAUUGUAAGUGGUGCUCGUCGACAAGAAAAUCGAUGGGAUCCCUUUGAAAAUGAACAAAUUGUCCCAGAGGACAAGGAUACGAGUAAACGGUUGUUUGAUGAUGCUAUGUUUAAACUUGAACAUGGUACUGAAGAUAUAGACAAGGCUAAAAAGGCAGCUCCAAUAUUAGUUAAGCUUCAUGAUGCACAAGAUGCUAAAUGGAAUGAUGAUUUUUCUGCAAAUUCAUUAUUAAGACAACAGUUAAGAACAAAAAAACAGAAAUUAGCUGUAAAAGAAAAACAUGACAAUGAAUUAAAAGAAAGACUAUCAUUAAGUAUUCCAUUAGUAGAUGAAGUUGAAGAAGAUAUAAGAAUUGCUAAACUAUUAAGCUAUCAAACUUCUGAUAGUACGAAAACAAGACGAAAAAAAUUUAUUCAUGGACUUCGCAAAACUCCUAAGCUAGACCCAAAUAAACCAAAAAAGUGUCUUAAUGUGGGCAUCAUUCAAUCGACUAUUACAACGAAAACAGAAAUAUUACCAGUUGCUAGUACUAAUAAUUGUUCCACGGCAUCACUUGUAUCUGCAGAUUAUGGAUCAACAUCGUCAUCAGAUUAAAAUUGUAUUACAUACAAAUUAUAAACAUUUAUGAUUUAUGUAUUUUGUUUUAAUAAUUAAAUAACUAUAACAAUUAUUGGUAACAAUGAAAAAUUAGAAGAAUACAACAUGAAUAUAGGUACUAUUAAAAAUGUUCAAAUUAUAUUUUUAUUUUUAUCUUCAAUUUCUCUGCACGUUUUCUCAUAUACACCAAAAAAUAAAGCUCCACCAAUCAUUAUCAAUACGACUCUUGGAAGAAAACCGGCAAACAGUCUGAAACCGUAAAUAUAAUAUAAUAUUAAUAAUUAUAACUAAAUGUUUACAAUAUGUACAAAUUACAAAGUGGUAUUGUAGUGAUUAGGAAAAUAAAUGUAGUUACAAUAUUAAAAUAA